ACCUUCCUCCCCCCCCCUCUCUCUCUCUCUCUACCUUUUGUUUGGUUGCGAAUGUCUUCCUCUUCUCUCCCGAAGGAAGGAAAUCGGGGACAAAUGAAUAUGGAAGGAAUCGAAGGCGACGCCACGGUGGGAGGAGCAGGGCGUUACAUAUUGAAUCCGACGCGAAUAAACAGCGAGGACAUAAUAUUUUGCGUUGAUGUGGACGCAGAGUCGCUUGUUGAAAUGAAAACAGCGGGAGUCACCAGAUUGGAUUCCAUAAAGCAAGCUAUCCUUCUCUUUGUCAAUUCCAAGCUCUCUAUCAACCCCGACCACCGCUUCGCUUUCGCCACUCUCUCCAAAACCGCCUCUUGGCUUAGAAAAGAGUUUAGUAGUGAUGUUGAGUCUACCAUUGCUGCUGUUCGAGCACUCUCGGCUACCACUGUCUCUACUGGGCAAGCAGACCUCACCAAUUUAUUCCGCUUAGCUGCUCAUGAAGCCAAGAAAUCUCGUGCCCAGAACCGCAUUUUAAGAGUGAUUCUUAUAUACUGCAGAUCAUCAAUACGACCCCAUCAUCAAUGGCCUGUAAACCAGAAGCUCUUCACUCUGGAUGUGAUGUACCUCCAUGACAAGCCUGGACCUGAUAAUUGUCCCCAGGCAGUUUACGAUGCACUGGUUGAUGCACUUGAACAUGUUAGCGAGUACGAAGGAUACAUCCAUGAGAGUGGACAUGGGCUACCUCGUACCCUCUUCCGCUUCAUGUCCAUGUUGUUGUCUCACCCUCAACAACGUUGCCCUCAAGAUGACUGUGAUAUUCCCAAGCCCCUUAUGAAGAAGUCAGCUGAAUCAGCAAAUGGUGAAGAUAAUAAUGUUCAUGUAUCCACCAGUCGGUGAGAACAUCGAGGACCAGAAAUUCAUGUGGCUUCAAUCAUUGGGUAACGUUAUCAUCAGUAUGGUUUCUGGAUGUGUACUGAAAUUAAGAUGUAUCUGCAAACAUUCUGUACAUAUCAAACAAACCUUUUCCUUUGUGUUUGUCAAACUGUUUCUUUUAUAUGAGAUGGAAUCUUUUCAUCAUUAGCUUUAA